AUGGUAUCAGUGAAUGCUAGCAUCAUACCGCUGGCCCACACUAUCUGUGCAUCUGCGGCUUUCUUAGCUGCACUUGCUGUAGGUUACAAGCUACACUUCCACAAGAUUGUAACCAAUGCACACUACACGUACCCCGAUGAGUGGUUUCCCAGUGUGUCUGCAACGAUUGGUGACAGAUACCCAGAAAGGUCUAUCUUUCAAAUCCUAAUUGCUCUCACAGCAUUUCCUAGGUUUUUACUGUUGCUUGGUCACUAUUCGAUUAAUAAGUCUUUGACCUGUUUCUUGGUUGGUUUGGUAAGAACCGUAACCUGUGGUGGGUGGGUAUACAUCACAAGCACUGACGAUCAUGAUACCCACGAUGUGUUUAUGAUAUCCUACAUUGUUCUGACAAUUCCUUGGGAUGCCUUGGUGAUACGGCACUCUGAGAACAAGAGUGCCAAGAAGCUAGCUAUGACCGCUUUCUUCGGCACCAUUGUUCCAUUGAUUUAUUGGUACAUCCAGCAUCAAGUUCACACCCGUGCAGGUGCAUAUUCCAUAUACGCCUACUUUGAAUGGUCCUUAAUCAUUCUGGAUAUUACAUUCGAUGCUCUAGCCUUCUCUGACUUUAAGAAAUUGUCUAUCAAACUAGAACAGCUUCCUGAGUCAGGUAACUGGUUUUUCAAAUUCGAAAAUGAUGAGGUUGAAGAUGAUCUUUCUAUUGUGGAGGAGACCCAAGACAUCACUGAAUCCAGGGAAGAGUAUUCUACCUUGGCUGACAUCUCAAAAGAUUCCCUUGACAUGGAUUAUGAACCACCAGAAGGAUAUAUAGAAGAAGAAGAAGAGUUGGAUUUUAUUAUCGAAAAGAGCAAUAACGGAGUUUCUUAUGAUGAAGAAGAAAUCAAAAUUAUGAUUCAGGACGAAAAGGACAUCACAUAUAUCUCCUCUGCGGAAAAUGCCGUGAGAGUUCCUGACCAAGACUCCAUCUUUUAUAUCGUCGUGAACACAAUUAAUGCCUUUUCUUUCUGGACCAAUUUGACUUCCCUUCUAUGUGUUAUUUGGUACUUCCCCUUGUGGUAUAUGGGUAUUUCUGGCUAUGAGGCUACUUUGUUUAGCGUCCUUUCACCUUUUCUGCUCUACAUUCCCCUAGUGCCUAUGAUUGUCAGUCAUUUUGGAUAUCUGUUUGCAGGUGUUAUCGGCGUUGGAGCAUAUCUUGUGCAAGUACCAGAAUCAAGAUUGCUAACCACGGCAUUAGCUACCGUCAUCAUCUCUAUGAGUUUUUCAAACACUUUGAGAACUAUUACCAGUCAGGAAUCCACACAAAUGUAUAGCAUUACAUGGAUCAUGGGUCUUGUAUGCUCAGUUGUUCUCAAAAUGGCCUUUUUCUCAAAUAAUCCAUUAUGGCCUAUUAUGAGCGAGAAAAACGGUGGCUGGAACAAAACUGGUUUGGCAGUGGUAGCAUUCUCAGCAAUUCUCACCCCAUAUAUUAACUCAAUUCACUAUCAGAAGUCAGAUGGACAAUUGAGCACUAAGCCAAACUUUUUGUCCAAAUUAUUUGUGUCUGCUGGAUUUGGUUCCAUGAUUUUUGCCAUUCAUCAAUUAUUGACAGAUGCUUCAACUACGAUUUAUUGGGCAUGGGAAGGAUGGAAUCAAAACGGAUCCCAAGGUCCAUUGGCGUGGCCUUACAGCUCUUUGACUUGCAUAGCGCUUUUGAUGGGUUGCCUAACCUCUAAAAACUACAUCAACAAACCUGUCGUUCCAGCGUUACUGCUAUUUGUUUCUACUUCUGUACUUUCCCUCAGUGUCUUUACCGGUUGGAUCAAGUACAUAUUUGGUGGUUUACUGUAUGCCAUUUCUAUUGUUUGGUUGGUUCCUACUUACUUUUGCAAGAUGAACUUGGUAAAGAGCCCAUGGGCAUUCACCUAUGCAUUUUUAUGGUACGUGAUUUUGACUUUGGCUCACGUUUGGGUGGUUGCGUACGCCUUUGUCCCACUAGGUUGGGUCAUGAGAGAGAGAAUUCAGCACUUGCUUGCAUUCUCAACGACUUUGAUCAUCUUGGGUAGUGUCUUUGGAUUUAACGGGGCGCUAUCACGUCCAUCAGUGGGAAAGAAAUUCAUGAACCGCGUUUAUUUCAUUGGAUUGUUGAUUUUCGCCGGCAUUGGCGGAAUUACUUAUCAAUUGAGACCAACUGGAAUUCCUCAACCCUAUCACCCGGAGGAAAAAGUCCUUACCGCUGGUAUCUGGACUAUUCAUUUUGGUCUAGAUAACGACAUGUGGUCCUCUGAACAGAAGAUGAUUGAUUUAAUCAAGGGUAUGGAGCUAGAUGUCGUUGGUUUAUUGGAAACUGACACUCAACGUAUCACCAUGGGUAACAGAGACCUAACCAGUAAAAUGGCACAUGAUUUAGAAAUGUACGCAGACUUUGGUCCUGGUCCAAAUAAGCACACAUGGGGAUGUGUCUUAUUAUCCAAAUUCCCGAUCAUCAACUCUACUCACCACUUGCUUCCUUCACCCGUCGGAGAACUGGCGCCAGCUAUUCAUGCGACUUUGAAGACAUACGACGAUAUUCUGGUUGACGUGUUUGUUUACCACGGUGGCCAAGAGGAAGAUGAAGAGGACAGAAGAUUACAGAGUGAAACACUAGCGAAGUUGAUGGGUGCCACUACACGGCCAACCAUUUUACUAAGUUAUUUGGUCACCAAUCCCUUGGAAGGCUUUUACAAUAAUUUUGUGAGCGAAACUUCGGGAAUGCACGACAUUGACCCCACCGAUGAUGACAGGUGGUGCGAAUACAUUCUUUACAAACAUCUCAGAAGAACCGGAUACGCGCGUGUGAGUCGUGGUGACGUUACUGACACCGAAUUGCAAGUGGGUAAAUUCCAAGUUGUGGAUAGAGAAAUCGCUGACAGCUACGGUAAUGCUCUUUACGAACCAACGCGGAUCGAAAAUGUGGACGAAGUACCGGAGGGAUUCAGAUUCCCCGAUCGCUACAGAGGUGAUGGCGAAAAUGGUCACCGGUACCACGUCUUUGAUGAACCACAUUAUUACGAAUAG